AUGCUUAAGGGCGAUGAUCUGCGACCGCAACUGUCGAGACGCGUACGCCUUGUCCUAUUGACAGUGUUCCUUUUCAUCAGCUAUGUCUCUAUGAUACUUAUGGCUUUACGACCGUUUCCUUCGUCUCGAGCUGGACACUUCUCACAAUUGGCAUCAAGGAUCACGCCAUACAAGGAAAGAGCAAGAGGCCUCCGAGGAGUUUUGGUGCCCGCGCAGGCCGCUAUCUCAUCACCGGCGGUCGCGCUCUUUAUCGGCAUUCAUUCCCCGGCACAUAUGCAAGACAGGCGCGAUGCUGCAAGGAAGGGCUACAAUGAUGUCCUUGCUUCGGGCGUGCUUCACAGACAAGAUAUUGUCGUAAUUCGGCAUGUCUUGUGCAGAGAUGGAGAAACAGCGACUCAACUUGCUGAAGAGCAGAAAACCCAUGGAGACCUCCUCAUUCUCAAUUGUACCGCAGGCGACGACAGUAUGAAGACCUGGCACUACUUUCAGCACAUUUCGCAAGUGAUCAAGGUUGCAGACCAUGUCAAUCACAGCGGCUCGGCGGACCUCGAAUUUGACUUCGUCAUGAAAUUGAGCCACGACGCGUAUCAACACCUUCCGAUGACGCUGAGUUGGCUGCGGCCUUAUGUGGGCGUACCGCGCCUGUACGCUGGGAGAUUGGCACAACAUAACGAAACGCUUGUCUAUCAGACUGGUGAUGGCUACGUGCUUUCAAAAGACCUUUGCCUUUGGUGGUCUGCAAACAACACGUAUUCAGAUCCAUCAGCUGGUUUCGAGGAUGUCAACAUGAGGCUCUGGCUUGACCUGCUGAAUCAAAAACGAGAGCCAAUCGCGCUUCUUGACGGCGGAUGGCGAUUUUACCCGCUAGACAAGCGCAUCUUCUGCCAAAUGGCUUCGCCAGAAAAGCUGCGUGAUCCUCAGUAUCUCAAAUCUAAGAAAGGUCGAGAGACCGUGCAUAAGCUUCUCACGUUGGAUGACUUGCAAGUCCAUCACUUGAAAACUCCGGAAUCCUUCGAUGUCGUUGCACGCACGUUCUUGGAGAAAAUGCUUGCGCCACCCAAGGAAGCCAUGGAAGACCAACGGCACGCGUGCGAAUAG